GUGUGUGCGCUCAGCUGUUCGUGUUGUUGUUGUCGCCUUAACUGCAAGUGCGUGUGUGUGCGCGUGUCUCCAGGUCCUCCUCUCCUCCUCCUCCUCCUCCUCCUCCUCCUCCUCCUCCUCCUCCUCCAGUCGGCGGUGUCGCUGCUGCCAUGGAGGUCGGCAGCCUCCCCGUGGAGCUGUGGAGGGUUAUCUUGGCCUACCUUCCGCUCCCGGACCUGGGCCGCUGCUGCCAGGUGUGCCGUGCCUGGCGGGAGCUCGUCCUCUCGCUGGACAACACCCGCUGGAGACAACUCUGCUUAGGCUGCCCCGAGUGCAGGCACCCCAACUGGCCCAGUCAGCCGCACCGGGAGCCCCCGUCCUGGAGGGAGGCCCUGAAGCAGCACGCCCUGUGCACCCGCACCUGGACCCAGAACGGCCCGGAGCUCCAGUCGUCCGCCUGCCUGCUCUUUUUCCGUCGCAGAAAGGACCGCAGGGUUUGGCACGUGGGGCCCGGGUGCGAGUUUGAGACCCUGCGUGGGGCCCUCGGAGCGGUGGGUCCGUAUGACCGCGUAGUUCUCCACCCGGGGGUGUAUGAGGAGCAGGCCGAGGUGGCCCUGAAGGUGCCCGUGGAGCUGGUCGGGCUGGGUAAGCUGGGCGAGGUGGCCCUGCUGGUGUGCAUGGAGCAGCAGUGCCCCACGGCCCGGCUGUGUAAUCUGGUCUUCAUGCCGCCCUGGUUCUCCACCGUGGUCUACAAGACGUCAUGGGGUCACGUCCAACUAGACAACUGCAACUUUGAGGGGGCUCAGUUGCAAAUCCGUGGCCCGGGGACCUGCCAGGCUCGCUUCUGCUCCUUCUCUCAGGGAAGCUCUGCCCAGCUGCUGGGUGUCGUCCUCAGUCUGUUGGACAGCUGUGAUUUCUCGGGGAGUGACACGGCUUCUGUGACUGUUGAGGGUCCUCCGGUGUCGGAAAGGAACUGGGCUUGUAAAUACUUGGCUGCCCUGGCCAGGACGUUCCCUUCAUGCGGUUCGUCAGGGAACAAUAGCCCUCCUGGAUGCCCGCUGGCUGGCUCUGCCGGCGGACAUCAAACUCCCAGUGCUUAUGUGAAAAAGGAGCAAAUGAGCGUCGAAGACUGGCAGAGGAGGACUGGGGUGGAUGCAGUGUGUCGGGGCACAGUGAUCGAAGAUGGCUGGAGUGAUGGUGACCGCAGCGAGGGAGAGGAGGAGAACCGGGAUGCAGGAGGGACCAACAACAGCAAAAACCCACUUAUAUUGGAUUACAAAAUCCCUUGUGACCAGCAUGGCCUAUCCCAUUUGCUCAAGCCCCGACCAGAUGGCUCCCUGCCACUGGCCUCCUCCCCAGACCCGCCGUCUGUGACCCCCGAGCCCCUCACCCUUCAGCAGGAACUAGACAGGGACCCAGAGGCCCAGAUGUUGGCCGCCUCCACCCUCGGCUGUAUCCUCAGACGCUGCCUCUUCCGGGAGGGGAAGGGCGGCGUGCAUUUGUCUAAUUACGGUCAAGCUCGGUUGGAGGGCAAUGUUUUCCGCGGGCUGAACUAUGCCGUCCGCUGCAUCCAGAACUCCACGGUGGUGAUGCUUAGAAACGAGGUGUGCGAGUGCCGGGCGUCGGGCGUGUUCCUGCGCCUCUCCGCUCAGGGCCUCAUCGCCGAAAACAACAUCCACUCCAACGGGGAGGCAGGGCUGGACAUCCGGAAAGGGGCCAACCCCAUCAUCGUGUGCAACAAAAUACAUAGCGGUUUGCGUUCGGGGGUUGUUGUCCUUGGCAAUGGAAGAGGUUCAAUUCGGAGCAACCAGAUCUAUAACAACAAGGAAGCGGGCGUGUAUAUUCUCUUCAGCGGGAAUCCUGUGGUCAGCGGGAAUCACAUCUUCCAGGGCCAGGCGGCGGGGAUCGCUAUAAAUGAGAACGGCAGAGGGAUGAUAACAGAGAAUGUGAUCAAAGAGAACCAGUGGGGGGGGGUGGACAUCCGCAGAGGUGGCGACCCCAUCCUGAGGAACAACCACAUCUGUUAUGGCUACUCUGACGGUGUCGUUGUCGGGGAGAGAGGCCGCGGACUUAUUGAGGGAAAUCACGUCUACUGUAACAAAGGCUGCGGUGUGUGGGUCAUGUCGUCAAGCCUCCCGCAGCUCCUGGGGAACUACAUCACCCAUAACUGCAUGUACGGGCUGGCGGUGUUCUGCAGGAAAGACCCAGAGAACAUGGAGGCCAGGGACGGGAACUGGCCAGGACAGGAAGGCAUCGGCGGAGAGGCGGGCAGUGGGGAAAGAAGGGUGGAGGGAGAAGGGAGAGAAGGGCAGGAGAACUUGAAUGAAGAGGGGGAACUCUUUGCAUGGGAGAGCGAUCUGGACAGCGAGGACGAGCGCCACUCCGCCCGUCGCUCCAUCAGCGUGGCCCUGGUGGAGAGCAACUGCAUGAGCUACAAUGGAGCGGUUGGUCUGUAUGUGAAGAGCAGCGAACCUCUGAAUGUUUUCGCCAACCUCGUGAACAGUAACCGCGGCACCGGCGUGGCUGUGCUGCAGAGCGGCCAGCUGACCCGGCUGGUCACAAACUGCGUUCUCGAGAACGGCCGCGGUGGGGUCACGGUGGAGAAAGACUGCCGAGUGGAGCUCCGUGGCAAUGGUGUCUAUAAAAACAGCGGCCAUGGCGUCAGUUUCGGCGGUAACGGGCAGAUUGUGGAGAAUGACGUCGUCGGAAACCGUGGAUACGGGAUCCAGGUGUCUGGCAGUGCCGACAUCAAGGUGUUGCGCAACCGUGUCCAACCAGCACAGGGCUGUGGCGUCGCUGUGCUCGGGCCAGUGAAAGGUGUCGUUCAUGACAAUCUCUUGUUCCAGGGACACCCAGGGAACAAGAAGGAGCUGCUACAUAUGGAUCCUGGCAAUGAGAGCUGUGUGUUGCGCAACAACAGUGUUCUAAGGCAUAAUAACAGCUGUACAUCUGCUCCUCCCUGGGUUUUGGAAAACCCUCCACCUCGUCCGCUGGCCAGCUCCCCUUCCGGCCUGUCCUCGUCCCAGUAUCCCUCCAGACUCGGAAUUUCCAUGACGACCAGGAUCAGUGCCACUGUGGAAAGCGGCUGCCACAGUGGCAGCAUGUUCUGCUCCAUCCUGUGAAC